UAAUGCAAGUACAGACAUGUGUGUGCACUUUCUUGGUGGCGGGAUGGCAGGAUUAACCGCUGCCUCAGCCACAUAUCCACUGGAUCUUGUGAGGACACGUCUUGCAGCUCAGAGAAAUGCACUAUACUACAGAGGUAUUGGGCAUGCAUUUCAUACAAUUUGCAGAGAAGAAGGUUUUUUGGGAUUGUAUAAAGGACUUGGAGCGACACUGUUGGGUGUUGGGCCCAGUAUAGCAAUAAGCUUCUCAGUUUAUGAGGCUUUGAGGUCUUUUUGGCAGUCUGAAAGGCCCAAUGAUUCGACUGUCAUGGUCAGUCUUGCCUGCGGCAGUCUUUCAGGCAUUGCCUCAUCAACAGCAACAUUCCCUCUGGAUCUUGUGAGGCGAAGGAUGCAGUUAGAGGGGGCUGGUGGUCGAGCUCGCAUCUAUAAUACCGGCUUAGUUGGGACUUUUAAGCACAUAAUCCGGACUGAAGGCCUAAGGGGCUUGUAUAGAGGGAUUCUUCCAGAAUAUUACAAGGUUGUCCCCAGUGUAGGCAUUGUCUUCAUGACUUACGAGACACUGAAAAUGCUUUUGUCGCGCAUCCAAACAAGUGACUAGUUGCCUCUAAAUUUCCCAUUUUC